ACACACCGCCUCGCGAUUGAGACCGAGGCGACGACGGUGGCGUUUCGCAGGGUCGCCGCGUGGUGGGAGCGACAGGCCAUCGAGCCCCCCGACAUGAGCCUGCCCACCACCCGCCACACAGCCACGGGUGAAGUGCACGUGAAACGGCCCAUGAAUGCUUUCAUGGUGUGGUCUCGAGCCCAGAGACGCAAGAUCGCCCUGGAGAACCCCAAAAUGCACAAUUCAGAGAUCUCCAAGCGCCUGGGCACAGAAUGGAAACACCUCUCCGAAGCAGAGAAGAGGCCCUUUAUCGAGGAGGCAAAAAGACUGAGGGCUCUGCAUAUGAAAGAACACCCAGACUACAAGUAUAAGCCACGGCGGAAACCGAAGACACUGCUCAAGAAAGACAGGUUCCCCUUCCCUCUGCCCUACAUGUCGGCACCCAUCGACUACCUGGGCAUGAACUUUUCCAGGAGUUUUUUCCCCGGCGCCCCUUCUUCGGCGGGCUUGGGCAUGCCGGGGCUGCUGCCCUUCUCAUCAUCAGAGUCCUUUUUCGCCAACGCCCCUUCAGUGGUCACCAGCUCAGCGCCCACGGCAACUGUGUCCAGGCUAUCCCCUUCCGACGACCGGACAGAUCCUGAAGGUAAGCUCUCCUCUGCUGGAUCUUCUACUCCGAGUGAUACGUCUGGGCUCCUUCACCCUUUCAAGCCCCUGUCCAGCACCAGCCCUUAUCCAGCUUACAGUCCGGCGGCAGCUGCAGCAGCGGCGGCUUCACUCUAUUCCGGACUCUCUCUACCGGUUUCACCUUACUUUAUGCCUUGCGGGUGCGGUCCGUCCGGUCCGUACGGCUUGGGUUCGUCAGUGUCACAGAAUCCGGCAGAUCGCCACGGUCCUGCUGCGGUGGUCACUUCUUCGGCCGGUUCCCUAGUGCUCAAUCCCUUCCUCAGGGUGUCGGACUGCCAUCCGGCUUAUCCUUCAACCUCGCGGGACAAUCACAGUGAAGCACAAACACCACCAGGACACUCUCUACCCGCUAGUCAACUCUUAGGACUGUACUCUUGUCUCGGUAGGCCAAAACCAACCGAGAAUGGUGACUUAUAAUCGCAUUUGUCAACAUCUUCUCGAUGCCAUUGUGUGAUUCCAGUGUGAAACGUUUCACGUUGUUGAAAAUCAAAUAUCAUAUUGUGAUCAAAAACGGUGUUUGUUGAUAUCAGACAUAUCACAAUAGUUCAACUAUCGACAGAAGAAACAUUCUUUCGUUCAUCGUUAAUUUAUUCUUACAUUAGAAAAAUUUGUUUUUGCCAUACACAUUUUCAUUAUUUAUUGAUUCAACUUUUUCAAUUGAGUACUUUCGUUGAACUGAAUAAUUUUUGCUGUGAUUUGUUGUUGACUUCUGAAAUAUAUCUUCCUUCUAAAGGCAUUACGAAAACAGUUUCGAGUACACAAGAAACUAGCUACAUUUGAAGUACUCAACUUUCUACAUUUUGUACUGCAGUACUGUCGCUUAUGUGUUAUGAAACUUGACUAAUAAUCAGUGAUCGUGCAUUAUGAAGAACGUUAUUGUACCUCAUGUACCGUUCGGUCACCAUAUCAAAAGAAACUGAACUGAAUAUUUAAUAGAACUAGUCUCAUCUGUGAGCAAACAUCUAGUUACUGGGCGAAUCGUCUCGAAAAAAAACUGUAAGUGUACUAUUUUGUUUUUCCCCUUCCUUUAAUGGUACGU